CAGGGGAUGCUUCCAGACUGGAAGAAAUAAAUGUAAAUAAUCGAUUCUUUAUUUUUUUUUCUUCGAAACAUUUUUCGUUCGUUCUUCUUGUCAAAUACUAAUAAAAUCAAUAUUAUUUUCGCCUUACGAAAUAUGAUAUUUUAUAGACCAAUAACAUCCUAUUUAAAAAAACAAAAAAAUUAAAAUUCAAAAUAACAUAGAAUUCACUCAAAUAAAAAUCAAAACAAUCGAGUUAUUCUUUUUCUUUUCUUUUAAAUACACUUGAUACUUGGCACUUAUAGACUUCUCAUAUCUGUUUACAUAUAUGUAUGUGUUUCUUUUAGUCACGAAAUCAAAUAAAAUUUUUUCAUUCCUGUUGUUAAUAAUUAAAAUAAUCAUAAUACAUUCGAUUCAUCGAUUGAUAAUUUACUUUAUGUAACAAAUACUUCAACAUAAUAUGCAAUAUCUUCAUCACAUUUACAUCGGCUUGUACAACUUCAUUCAUCACUUGAUAAUACGUAUUAGUGGUUUUCUAUAUGAACAAUCACGAAAUUUAUUAAUUAUAUGUUCACGUUCAUUAAUCGGUCGUUGUGUUUUAUAUGAUGUUCAUGAUAUAAGGAGAAUUUAUAUUUUGAUUUAACAAUUGAAACAAAUUAUCUUGGUUGUUAUACAUUUUUAUCAUCAACAGAUAAUUGUUAUGAUAGAAAUGGAAAUAUAAUUAAAUUAAAAAAAAGAUAUAUUUCAUUUUAAUAUUACAAUCAAGUGAUCAUACAUUAUUAACAUUUUUAAAUGAAAAAUUCUUAAAUAUCGAAUAUAUUUAUGGUUUUGAUUAUCAACAAUAUACAUAUUAUAUACUUAAAUUAUCUCGUAUAGCUCGAUUAUGUCAAGCAUCAAUUACAAUAGGUAUGACUUAUAAAGAAAUUCCAUUAAUUAAUUGUCAACAAAAUUCAUCAAUUGUUACAUGA